AUGCUGCAGCCUCGAUUUGCCCUGACGGGCCUCCGUCUACCCUUUAGAUGCCUCUCCUCCGUGUCAGCGCGAGCGUACUCUACAGCUAUCCACGAACGCGAGAAGCCUUCGACCGAAGAAUCCUCCAGUUCAACCUUCGACCCCAGUAUUGCUUUUGCUCCUCCGCCUACCCGUGAUGAUGCCGGUGUGAAUCUUCGAACAUAUACGCCGCGGACUCCCGGUAUCAGACAUCUGCGACGACCGGUCAAUGACCAUCUGUGGAAAGGACGCCCGGUGCAGAAGUUGACGUUUCCGAAACGGGGUCAGGGCAAGGGAGGUCGUAAUAACACUGGUCGGGUCACUGUUCGGCAUCGUGGUGGUGGUCACAAGCGCCGUAUUCGGAUUGUCGACUUUGCACGAGAUGCUCCUGGGCCGCAUCUGGUAGAACGUAUCGAGCACGACCCGGGACGAAGUGCUCAUAUUGCUCUGGUUCGCAGCCAAGAGACUCAGCGCUUGACCUACAUUCUGGCUGCAGAAGGUAUGAGGGCUGGAGAUGUUGUUCAAAGUUACAUGCCUGGUAUCCCGGAUGAUCUUUGGAAGAGUAUGGGAGGAACUGUUGAUCCUGGUGUGCUCGCCGCUCGGACUGCCUGGAGAGGAAAUUGCCUGCCCCUGCACAUGAUUCCCAUUGGUACUCUGAUCUUUAAUGUGGGAUUGCGGCCCGGCAAAGGAGGUCAGCUGUGUCGUAGUGCGGGUACCUUCGCAACCGUCAUUUCAAAGGGCAGUGAUUCUCAACAUCGGGCCAAUGAAGUCGAAACUCAAGAGGACGGGACAGAAGUGAAGAAGACUUUGACACAGCGGGAAAAGCAGAAGCAGGAACGCAUUGCUCAGCAUGUUACCAUUCGUCUACAGAGUGGUGAAGUUCGCCUGAUUCACAAGGAUUGCUGUGCCACCGUUGGUGUUGCCAGCAACCCUAACCACCAAUAUCGCCAGCUCGGAAAGGCUGGUCGGUCACGCUGGCUGAACAUUCGUCCUACCGUUCGUGGUCUCGCCAUGAACGCUGCUGAUCAUCCUCACGGUGGUGGCCGUGGUAAGUCGAAGGGUAAUGUCGAUCCAAAGAGUCCUUGGGGUCUGCCGGCCAAAUCCGGCUACAAGACUCGUCCCAAGUGGAAGAUCAACAAGGCUGUUGUGGUCCCAAGAGUUCGCAACCAAGGCAAGCGUCGCAGAGGCUACAACUAA